GCAGCUCCCGCGCGUGCGCACUACGCCUCUCUAACGCGAACUGGCAGCGCUUACAGAGAACAGCGGCAGACUGGCGGCCUUAGAGGGAGCGGAGGAGACCGGUCAGCCUGAGACGCCGGAGGACGAUGAGGACGAAGAGGAGGCGCUGCCGCACUCCGAGGCUGUGGACAUGUUCCAGGAGGGUCUCGCCAUGGUGGUGCAGGACCCGCUACUCUGCGAUCUACCGAUCCAAGUUACUUUGGAAGAGGUCAAUUCCCAAAUAGCACUAGAAUAUGGCCAAGCAAUGACAGUCCGAGUAUGCAAGAUGGAUGGAGAAGUGAUGCCUGUGGUUGUAGUGCAGAAUGCCACGGUCCUGGACCUGAAGAAGGCCAUCCAGAGAUAUGUGCAGCUCAAGCAGGAGCGUGAAGGGGGUGUUCAGCACAUCAGCUGGUCUUAUGUGUGGAGGACAUACCAUCUGACCUCUGCAGGAGAGAAGCUCACAGAAGACAAGAAGAAGCUCCGAGAUUAUGGUAUCCGGAAUCGGGAUGAGGUUUCCUUCAUCAAAAAGCUGAGGCAAAAGUGAACCUCCAGAUAAGGACAACUCUACACACUGGUGGUCGAGCUUUUUUCAGAAGGAUGAUGCUCUCAAGUUGUCCCUCUUUUACAGAAAGGAUGUUGAGGGACCUCAGCCCAGGUGUGGCCACCUGGGAUUGUCAGCAUGAACCCUGCAGCCCUGAGGACUAGGACAGGAUGAGCCAGCAUUCCCUUCCUGUCUAUCUGGCCUAAGCCUGACCUCUCCUUGGGCCCAAGUACCCCAACCACACAGCCAAUCCUACAGACUGUGGGCGUGGCUCUGUGUACAGAAUAAAUCUGUUUGCUGCUUAGUCUGAAAAGUCAAAAAGCCACAGUACCCUGUGUAGGAGAGACUAGGCCUCCCUAUCAUGGUGGGAAGAGGAGAUAAUUGACGCAGGUAUGUUCUAAACUCCAGGUGUGUCACAUCUGAGCUGUGGCCACACCACUCCCCAAAUCACAUGAUUCUGUUACCAUGAUCUCCACAGCAUGGAGGAAACACUAGCAGAGCAGCUGUCUUUCUUUUUAUCCUGUGAGGAAACAAGGGCAUGCAUCCCAGAGCCACAAUGGGAACGACGGUGUGGCACAGCCAUGGUGGGUACUCUAGCCUCAGCCCACAGGGUUCAUGUACAGCAGUGCCUUCAAGUUCAGUGAAAGGGAUGUAGCACAGGAUGGAAACUGGAGCUGCUGGGGUGAGGGGAGUACUUCCCAGUUGGAGGGGUACAUGAUAGCAUGUCCCUUGGGCCUUGCCCCAGCAUUGGUAAGGAAUGGGGAGCAAG